UAUACAAAGGGGAAAUAAAUUAUUUUACAGAAAAUUAUCAGAAGAUCUAACAUUUUUAAAUAUGCUCUAAUGAGUUAAUGAAAAUCUCUCGCACCCAAUAAUGCUCAUGACGUAUAAUGUCGUGUCUUAGCAACUGUUGUGUUUACUUCCGGUCUUGCCAGAGGGUGUCAGGCUACGGACAGGGAGGCAGAAGUAAUGUUAUAUUGAACUUUUAUAAUAGUGUUGUAGUAGUUUACUUAUGAUCAAAGUGUCAAAGUCGAUUUAACGCUGAAUACACGGUUAAUAUCAUUUAGGGGACAAUCCGACAUUAACGGUAUGAGUAUUGAGUUGAAAUCAGACCAGUCAGUGGCAGCGUGCCUUGACAUGCUGCAAAUCAGGGACCUGCACCGGCAAGAUAAUGUUUUCCGCGCUAAAGAGCGUACUAUUGGCAUUGAUGAAGAUGCUCUCAGUUAUCAAGUGAAUGAAAGAAAGCAUAGAGAUCAAAAGGAGGCAAACCUGUCCAAAGCAUCUGCUGCAGAUAUGCUACGUACAGACCAUGCAGCGGAUGUUCUGGAUCACAAGCUUAGAAGAGAGGAGCGCUUGCUUAAGGGCUCAAUUGCACACUUCCGCCAAAACUUUCAGCUGCCUAUCAACAGGCGUGAAUUUGACUUGAAUGAUCCAGACUCCUUAAAGAAACAAGAUGGAGUUCAGAUGUUGCCCGGGCUUGUUGGUGAAGAUCCCGACAACGGAGAAAGGCUGAAAAAGCAGCAGGUGCAAAUUAAGCAAUGGUCUUUACAACAGCAGGCUGAGUUGAAGAGUACAAGAGACCAGCUGCGGUACUCAGAUACACUGUAUGACGAAAGCAGAAUGGCACUAGACAACAAAGCCGUUGAGGUGCAGAAGUUGGCGGAAGAAUACAACAGGGCCCUUGCCAUUGCCACAAAAGAUGCCAAUCUGACCCUGGCUUCGGAGAAGAAAGGAAGAGAGUUCCAAAGGAGACGUCAGGAGGAGGACAACAACAGGAUGGAUAUCCAGAACCAGCUCCAAGGGGGCUUUAAACAGAACAUUAGCAUGCUGAGCACUCUGGAUGCGCAGCAUGACAAGGGCACGAAAUAUGAGCAAGUAAAACACUUCACUGAUUAUCGACAACAGCAAGUCCAGGAGAAGAAGAGGAUAUGUGUCAUGGAACGGCAAAAUGAGCUUGAGGAGGAACAUCUCCGUUUGGCCUCAGCUCGUACUGCCCUGCUUCUUGAGAGGCAGCAGAUGAGAGCCAACAAGCAGCAGCGGAAGGCUCUGGACAACACCAAUGUCCAGCUUGCUGAGGCUCGCCGUGUUCAGUACGUUUUUUUUUACCUUUUACUUGCAGUUGAGAUUUUGAGACCAGAUUUGCCUCACAGCCCUUUUAGCUGUCUGUUCAGUGUAUGCACUCAAAAAACACUCCAGUGUUUUUACACAGUCCUGGCUCUGUAAAUAACAAACAAACAUAGUGGCCCAGACUGAGCCAUAAACAAUUCCACCCAAUCAACAUGUUGCUUCAGGAGCACAGAAGGGAGGGGUGUCAUUUGAUUGGCUGUUGGGCUCAAGCAUAAACAACCUUUCACUAGAAUCGCGGACUCUACCUUUAAUGCAUUAUGCUCUGUAGAGGCUGGAACUUCAUGGAUGCUGUACCUUUAAUGCAUUAUACUCUGUAGAGGCUGGAACUUCAUGAAUGCUGUCAAGAAAAAUUACAUAAAUUCUUGCCUUGAAUCUCAAACCAAGCUCAAGAAUUAGGAGAGGGUCAUGUGUGCUACGCUUCCUACUUGAAUAUCACAUCAGGAAUCAAUUAAAUACGUAUUUUGCAGAACUGUUGCAUACAACUGUAUAUUUAUUUGUUAAUAUUGAUAUGAUGUUGAUAUUCAUAUGAUAUUGAUCUAUCUGU